CUUUCAUUAAGAGGCUGUUAAGUUCUUUGCUUUCUGACAUAAGGGUGAUGUCAUCUGUGUAUCUGAGGUUAUUGAUUUUUCUCCCGGCAAUCUUGAUUCCAGCUUGUGCUUCAGCCAGCCAGACAGUAAAUGAUGGUAAAAUUAAGGAGUAAGUUUCCGAUAGAAUCUACCUGCAAUGCAAGAGACCUGGGUUCGAUCCCUGGGUUGGAAAAAUCCCCCUGGAGAAGGGAAUGGCUACCUACUCCAGUAUUCUUGCCUGGAGAAUUCCAUGGAUGGAGGAGCCUGGUGGGCUACAGUCCAUGGGGUCGCCAAGAAUCGGAUACGACUGAGCAACUAAGACUUUUAACUCUCAGAUAGAGAGCAAGUCGGGGAACUGUCAGGAAAAUGAACUCCAAAGAUGAAGCCUAGGGCAUGACUGUGAAACCCUUUGUUAGGAUCUCAUAAAUAUUAAAGGCAUUUCCUAAUCAGCAGAUGAGCGAGCUUCUAAAAUUCUUAAGGCUACUGUCCCACAGUAGUUUCAUUUGGGAACCUAUAAUAGAGAAAGGCUAUUGCAAAGAGUUUUGGCAUGUGGCUUUUGUCUGAUGGAGUGAAUUAUGAACUGUUUCAAGGCAAACUUAACAAAAUUUUUUAAAGGGAUUGAUUGUAUCAAUUUGGGUCAAAAGCGACAGUAAAAAAUGAAAAGAUAAGCUUUUAUACAUUGCUGGUAGGAAUAUAAACUGAUGAAGCCACUGGUGAACAAUCUGGCAGUUCCUGAAAGGGUACCAUAUGACCUCUCCUAGGUAUACGCCCAAGAAAACUGUACAUAGCACUGUUUGUAGUAGCCAAAAAGCAGAAACAAUCUAAAUGCCCAUCAACUGAUAAGUAGAUAAAUAAAUAUAGUAUAGGAUGGAGUAUUUUUAUUCAAUAAAAAGGACUGAAGUACUGGUACAUGCUAUAACUCUGGAUGAACCUUGGAAGCAUUAUGUUGAGUGAAAGACAUAUGUUCUCAUCUGUAUAAAAUGUUUGGACUAGGCAAACAUAUAGAAAGGAGAUUAGUGGUUACCUAGGGUCUGGGGUUGGUCAUCCUGGUGGCUCAGCAGUAAAGAAUCUGCCUGCAAUGCAGGAGACCCGGGUUCAAUCCCUGAGUCCGGAAGAUCUCCUGGAGAAGGGAAUGGCACCCACUCCAGCGUUCUUGCCUGAAGAAUCAUCUGGGCAGAGGAGCCUGGAGAGAGAAGGAGAAAUUAAAGAUGUUUACCAGAUUUUCUAGGUUAGGAAAAUUAAUUAAAAAAAAAAAAGCAGUAGUAGAUUAUAUUGGCCUGUUUACCCAUUUAAAGCAGGAAAAAAAAUGGCCCAUUUAGACAGUGUCAGCUGGGGUCCUAGCCAUGCAGCAUUACUUUAGAGGAGGUGAGUAUUAUGAGACUUCUUUUUUUUAAACAAAGCUUUUUAAUUUGUUCAGAUAGUAACAUCAUGAUUGUUCUUAGGAAACUAAAACAGUAUCAAAAUAAAGACACUGGAAAAUAGGUUUGGAAGGUUUGGAAGAGAUAUUUCAAUAAAAAGAGCAGUGAUUAAGUACCUAAAAAAUGAUGAUUCUAGCAAUUGGAACUCUAUUAACCAGCACUUUUUAUUUUACUGUUAUGAUGAUACUGAUGUUCAUUAUAAUAACCUGUAUAAAUUUAAUGAUUCUUCUUUGGGCCUUUGGCACUUGCUUUGCCAUCUUAUUUGGAAAAGCUCCCGUCUCUGAUAGCACCCUUGCAGUGAAGCCUUCUCAGGUUACCCUAAAGUUGCAAACUCCUUACCUGUUUUAUUAUUUUUUUCCAUAGCAUCUAAUGCCAUCUAACACCUAGGUUUACUUAUUUGCUUGUUUUUUCUCCUCCUCCUAGAAUGUAAUUUCAUUGAGAGAUUUUUGUCAUUUUAAUUCAUUCUUCUAUCCCCAGUGGAACAGUGUUGCAUACAGUAGAUACUUCUAAAUGUUUGUUGAAUGAAUAAAGGGAAUUACAGAGGAAGAUAGAAUUGUGUUCUGAGUACUUUGAAUGCAGAAUUCAAAUGCAUAUUAUAGUGUUCAAGUUUUUGGAACUGAGCCCUCCAGAUGUGGUACACAUGUAGCCCAAAUGCCUCCAAGCCUCAUAACCGGCCCAAGUGGGGUUCUAAUCAGAUGUCUUUGCCCUUAUCUCUUUUCCCUUACUCCUUUGCCUUUGUCUUAAUCAUUCAUUUGGAAAUUUUCAAAGAUUAUACAAAAAACAGUAAGAAUAAUAUAAUGAACCCCUAGUACCCAUUACUGAGCAUUAAUAAUUACCAAUGUUUUGUCAAUCUUAUUUGAUCUAUUUUUUUCCACUCACUUUUCUGCCCCACUUAUUAAAAAAAAAUUCACCUGAAAAUUCAGAUGCAUUUCUAAAUGUUAGGUACAUUUUAAGAAAAUAAUACCACCAUGUCAUUAUUAUACAUAACAAAAUUAGUAAUUCCUUUCAUCUGAUACAUUGUCUAUGAUCAAAUUUCCUUAGUUGACUCUGAAAUAUUUUUAUUCAAAUCAGGAUCUAAACAAGAUUCACAGAGUGCAUUUGACUGUUGUUUUUCUUAAGUCUCAUUUUUUCAUAACAGUUUCCCCAUCUUUUUAUUAAUGACAAAAUUUGUUGGUUAAAUAUUGUAUAUCAUUUACCUUAUAGAAUUUCCCAGUUUGGAGAUUUGGCUGACUGCUUCCCUGAGAUUAAUUUAGCUUUUUUCUAUUCCUCAUAUUUUCUGUAAAUGGUAUUUAGAUAUAGAAGCAUGAUUAAACUCAGAUUCAAGAAUAUUUAAUAUUGGUACUGUGUAAUUUUUAUUGUAUGACACCAUGAUUGUUUCAAUUUUAGUGAUGGUAAAACUGAUUAGUAGGUAAUUAGCCUGAUUUCAUACUUGGAAAGUUCCCCGUCAACCUCUUACCUAAUGCAUUUAGCAUCGAAUUAUGAUCUUUAUAUAUAUAUCCAUUAUUUCAUUAGGUUUGCAAAAAUGGUGAUUUUUCUAAAUCUAUUUUUUUCUUUCUCAUUUAUUGGCUUCAAAUUUUCAAUGAGUAAGAACUGUAUUAGGUUACACAAAAACAUGAUUUGUACUGGAAAAGCAGAAUAAGUGCUUCAUUUUUUUCCAUUUAUUAUUUUUCAGUCUUAGGAGUUGGUUCCCCAGCAAGUUCCAAUGUAAUUAGAGGCUUUCUUUUAUUUUUAUGGUACCAUAAGCUCUAGAUUUUAAUUUAUUUUGGUCCAUUCGUCAUUCUUUGUGUCUCAAAUUUUCCCAUUUUAGACUAAUGGAAGCCCAUUUGUAUGUUCUUUUGAUGUGAUCUCAUUAGUCCUUGGUAAUGUCAUGUUUCUGGUAUAAUGUCAUGUUUCUAGGGUCAUCUUGUACAUUUCCUGCCCCAAACCUGGAAUCAGUUAUUUUCCUUCCCUACCUUUUACGCAGGAAAUUAUCCAAUGCUACCACCUUCAGCAUGAUAGAUCUCAGAAUGUUUUUGUUUCCAUGGCACACCAAUUCUGCAAUUAGAUUCCAAAGAUGGGUAGUAAGGAACCUGUUUCUCUUCCAUACCCAUGGCUGAAAGUUUGUUAAUAAGAGCACUGAAGGGUGGUAAAAACACUAAAAUUGUUAUCUUAAAUGGAAAGAACAUAACAAAGAUGCCCUCAGUGUUAGAAAAACUUCCAGGCCUGAAGACACUGUACCUUCAGAAUAACCAAAUUUCCAAAGUGUGCCCAGAGAUAAGCAACUUGACCCAGUUGACAGCACUAAAUCUGGGAAACAACCUUUUAGAAGAAGUUCCAGAAGAGAUGAAAUACCUUACAUCCCUGAAGAAGCUCCAUUUAUUUAGAAAUAAGAUACAUAGAUUUGCAUCUGGAGUAUGUGAUGGUUUACAAAGUUUGAUCCUGCUUAAUCUGAACAACAAUCAGCUCACAUGGAUUCCUCAAGAAAUUAGCAGAUUAAAAAAUCUUAGAUGUUUGAGUAUAAAUCAUAACCAGCUAGCCAGCAUUCCUAGAGAACUUUGUUUCCUUGAGAAUCUUUCUGAACUUCAACUUAACUACAAUCAGCUUGUAUGCAUACCCAAAGAAAUUAAGUUCUUGAAGAAGCUCCAGAAGCUUCUUCUGGCCAGGAACAACAUUAAAUCUUUGCCAGAGGGACUUUGUAAUCUUUUCAACCUGAGAAUUCUAGACGUAGCUGGAAAUGUUAUUCAAAUGUUUCCACCAGGAUUUCAAGAUUUGAAGCUGAGGGAGUUCUACUGUGAGGGAAACCCGCUGUUCCUGAAGCAGCCAGUUAGUGCUAUAAAACAGGAGGACGUCUGGAGUUUACAGGAAAUAACAUCAAGAUUUAUAAUGAAUCAGCUGUCAGAAAAGAAUCCUUUCCUAAUGGAAGCCAUAAAAUGGUACCCACAGGUCAGGAGCAUAAUCUCUCAGGGAAGAAAGUGCGCAAUAUGUGGGAAGUUCUUUUUAACCAUAUGGCUGGAAUGUGUUGAGUUUUUUCCUCCAUCAAAGAACUGGAAUAUAAGCAGAAAUCUACAGCUGGUACCUCUUCGAAUAUUAAUUUGUUCUUAUAAAUGUUUUUACCAACGUAACCCUAACAUCUUUGGAAUUGCUCAGGUAUAGAGCAGGUAAGAAGCUCAUUUAGAGCCUCACAUGACUUACCCAUCAGCUCUGCACACAUAGUCAGAUUAUGCCCAGCUUAUGAUGCCCUACUCUUUGUCAAUACCUUAAGUAAAGGAAGAAAAGAAAAGUAAAGGACCAGUUUAAGCACCACAGUCUAACUUUAGAUUGUCUAGACUCUUAAGUGUGCUGAAAAAUAAAAUAAAAAUAGAAAAAUCAGUGUGUGUGGCAAUUGAGUGUCAUUUUUUUCUGUCAUUUUAUUUUGAUGGGGUCAAGUAUUUAUUUUAUGGGUAUUUUGCAAGUGAAAGAGAAUCACAUUUUAGUGCUAGAUAGUUCAAUUAUGAUUUCAGUUGAGUUCUUAUUUUCUAAGAGGCACUAAAAUCUUUAUUUUUAUUUCUUUAUUAAGGUAAUAUUGGUUUAUAACAUAUAAGUUUAAUAUAUUCAACAUUAUAUUUCAGCUUCUGUAUACACUACCAGAAGUUUAGUUUCCAUUCACUGCCAUAUGGUUAAUCCUCUUUAUCCAUUUUGCCCUGCCCCAACCCACUUCCCUUCUGGUAAUCACUAAUAUGUUCUCGGUAUCUGUGUGUUUAUUUUGCUUGUUUAUUUUGUUUUAUAUUCCACAUAUGAGGGAAAUCAUAUAAUACUGGUCUUUCUCUUAUUUCAUUUAGCGUAAUCCCCUCAAGGUCCAUCCCUGUUGUAGCAAAUGGCAAUAUUGCAUCUUAUUUUUUUAUGACUGAGGUGAGAGUUGGACUGUGAAGAAA